AUGGCCAAAGGUUCAAAAGGCUUGACAGCCUCUUCCAAGGCGGUGGACCCCACUCUCGAUGCUCUUUUUGCGUCCAGUGCUGGCCCUGUGCAGGCUCCUGCUAAGUCAAGAUAUUCGACCUUGCUGGAACAAAAGGCUCGGGAACCUGCCAAGCCUAAGGUCCAGCUGGAGGAUGCCGAAGAAAACGACGACGAGGUUCUUUCCGAGAUCAGCGAGGAACUGAGCUUCGAAGAGGAUGGCCCUUCUGAUGAGGAGGACGAGGAUGAGGAAGAAGAGGGCGAAGAUGAAGAGGAACAGGAACAGGACGAUGAAGAAGAUAUCGAGAGCAAAGACGAGACCAUGAAGGAUGCGCCUGUCGAGCUCGACGACAUUAUUGAUGCGACAGAGGACAGGUCAAACAAGGAACGAAAACGAAAACGCAAGAACGACAACGACGAUCUGGAGGGCAAAUAUCUUAACAAACUUGCUGCAGAAGAAGAGGCCGAACGCGCCGGCAAGCGACAGAAGAACGACGCUUUGAACAAGAAGAUUGAAAAGCCUGCCGAAGAUGGCGAAGAUGGCAACGAGAGCGACAUUCCCGUCCAUGAGACUCUUGCCAAGGACAGUAAAGAAUCGGACCUGGAGAAGGCAGCCCGAACAGUGUUCCUUGCCAAUGUGUCCACAGAGGCAAUCAACUCAAAGUCCGCCAAGAAGACACUGAUGGCUCAUCUAUCAUCCGUCUUGGAGAAGGAUGCCACUCCCCCGCAAACCAUUGAGUCACUGCGUUUCCGUUCCGUUGCGUUUGCGGGUGGCUCUCUGCCCAAGCGCGCAGCUUACAUCACAAAGAGCCUGAUGGAUUCCACAACCAAGUCGGCCAACGCAUACGUCGUGUACUCAACACCUGCGGCUGCCCGUACGGCUGCUGCCAAGCUCAACGGUACCCAGGUCCUCGAACGCCACCUUCGAGUAGACAGUGUUGCUCAUCCCAGUCCUACUGAUCAUCGCCGAUGUGUGUUUGUCGGUAACCUGGGCUUCGUCGAUGAUGAGACUGUUCUGAACACCAACGCUGAGGGAGAAACUACGGAGAAGAAGAAGAACAAGAUCCCCUCUGAUAUUGAGGAGGGCCUUUGGCGAACUUUCAGCACCCAGGGCAAGGUUGAGAAUGUCCGAGUUGUUCGAGAUCCCAAAACUCGUGUAGGCAAGGGUUUUGCCUAUGUCCAGUUUUAUGACGCCAACGAUGUUGAGGCUGCUCUGCUUCUCAAUGAAAAGAAGUUUCCUCCCAUGUUGCCGCGCAAGUUGCGAGUGACUCGAGCCAAGGAUCCUCGCAAGACAGCUCUUGCCCAAGAGCGAGCCAAGGGCAAGCACAUGGCACAAAAUGGUGCCACCAAGAGCACAAAAUACAAGCACAAGGCCACGCCUGAGGAGCAGUCCAUGGCUGGCCGUACAGGCAAGCUUCUCGGCCGCUCGGCCGCCGUACAACAACGCCACAAGAAGCGUCCUUCAACACAUGGUGGUGCCCAGGAAGCUGAACCCCCGGCUACAGGAAUCAAGGGCCCGGAGCAUUUCGUUUUCGAGGGUCGCCGUGCUUCAGCAAAGGACGGUACACCCAAGGAUCUCAAACUCGGUAAGAAGGGUAAGGGUAAGGGCAGAUCGGGCAGGCCUCAAAACCAUGGCUCCAAGAGGGCGGCUGAGUGGAAGAAAAGAAGUUGA